AAUUGUCUCUGCUGGAAAAUCAUGGCUGCUGGUCCGUUAUGUUCCUGUGUCAUUCUCAAUGAUGUCUGAAAUAAGGAGACAUCCAGAUAUUAUUGUUCCAGGAGGUUCUACUGAUGAUUGGGGGUUUAAGCAUUUGCCGACAGACCUUUGCAGGGUUAACCUUGCCGGAGAUUUUGUGUUUCGUGGUCACAUUUCUAGAUACUUUUGAGAAGAUGAGCAAAGCAAAUCAAAGAGCGUCACUCCUUUGGUGUCUUCCAUAUUCAGUAAGGGGUGAGGAUGGUGAAUCCUUGCACAAGUUCUUGAUUAAUACAAAAUUACAGAGAAAGGUGAUCGAUUUAAAACGUGCACACAAUUUUGGGAUUGAUUCUUCUGAUCUGGUACAAGAGCACAUGAAUACAGGUGCUGUGGACGAACUUCCCCUACAGGGAACGUUCCGUCCAGAAGAUCCAGCUCUAACCGUGUGUCAAAGUUUGCGUGAUAAGAAUAGAGAUUCCUGGAAAACAGUGAACUUAUCUAGACGUUUCUAUCUACCCCCUCUGAAUGAUGAGGUCUUACGACAGGGGAGAAAAUGGGCCCGUUUCUAUUGUCGAACAGACAAUUAUGCCUUCAGUUUACGAUUUGGUGCAUCUGAUUCACUGAAUGGCACAAAAUUGUUGCAAGUCUUGUUUCCUCCUCACACUGAUCUUCUUUCUUUUCAGAUAAGAGAUUCGGUCAGUUCUACUUUGGAUUUGCAUGGAAAUUGGACUGGACCCCCUUGUCACAAAAAUUCCAGUCAAUGGUCAGGCAUUUCUUGUUCUAAUUGGCAUGUGGUUGGUCUUGUGCUUGAAGGAGUCCAGCUCACAGGCUCCAUUCCUGAUACUGAUGUCCUUCGGAGGUUCUCAGAGAGCUCCUAUGAUCAUAACUCAAAUCUCUGCGGCAUUCCAUUGGAACCAUGCCCAGUUCCGCCUCCUGCUCCACUUGUGCCGCCUCCAUCUCCUCCUGUAAGUCCACCACAGAACAAGAAAAGGAAGCUUCCAAUUUGGAUCAUUGCCUUGAUUGUGGUUGUAGUAGCUCUUGUUCCGUUGAUGGUCAUGUUUGUUUUCUUGUGUUGUUAUAAGAAGGCACAAGAAGUGGAAACACCAAAAGAACGGCAGGCAGGGGAUGAUAGUUCACCAGAGUGGACAGACAAGAAAAUGCCGCAUUCUCAAGGCACUGAGGAUCCUGAAAGAAGAAUAGAGUUACAAUUUUUUGACAAGAAUAUACCUGUUUUUGACUUGGAUGAUUUACUAAGAGCAUCUGCGGAAGUGUUAGGAAAGGGGAAGCUUGGGACGACGUACAGUGCAAACCUGGAAUCAGGUGCUGUUGUUGCUGUUAAGAGAGUAAAGUACAUGAACAGCUUGAGCAAGAAGGAAUUUAUUCAGCAGAUGCUGCUGCUGGGAAGGAUGAGGCACGAAAACCUUGUGCAUAUCAUCUCCUUUUACUAUUCCAAGCAGGAAAAGCUGAUUGUCUAUGAGUUUGUACCAGAUGGAAGUUUAUUUGAGCUGUUGCAUGAGAAUAGAGAAGCUGGUAGAAUCCCUUUGAAUUGGGCUGCAAGACUGUCAAUAAUCAAAGACAUAGCGAAGGGUAUGGCUUUCCUUCACCAGUCAUUACCUUCGCACAAGGUCCCUCAUGCCAACCUCAAAUCAUCUAAUGUGUUAAUCCACAGAGAUCGCCAAAGUUACCAUUCUAAGCUCACAAACUAUAGCUUCUUGCCUCUGCUGCCUUCUCGGAAAUCAUCCGGAAGACUAGCUAUUGGCAGGUCACCAGAAUUCUGUCAAGGGAAGAAGCUAACACACAAGGCUGAUGUAUACUGCUUUGGAAUCAUCCUUUUAGAGGUCAUAACUGGGAAGAUUCCAGAAGAGACUUCCCCAGCAGGAAACGAAGAAAAAGUGGAUGAUCUUUCUGAAUGGGUUAGAAUGGUAGUGAAUAAUGAUUGGUCAACAGACAUAUUAGAUGUAGAGAUAUUGGCUUCAAGUGCAGGGCAUAAUGAGAUGUUGAAGCUGACAGAGAUAGCUCUGCAGUGUACAGAUAUGGAACCAGAAAAACGACCUAAGAUGAGUGAAGUAUUGAGAAGGAUAGAAGAGAUUGAUCGAACAAACCAAGAAAAUGACUAGAAAGAGACUGUUUUG